GAGGAGUGACUGUGCAGGACGGAGUGCGCGCGCAGGGACGCAUUGAAAGUGCAGAGCGCGUGCACUUGUGAUCAGCGCGAUCAAGAUGGGCAACGUUCAACCCACAGUUGUUCCAUGUGAGGACUUUGACGUGUUGGCGGAUAUUAAGGAAAUCCGCAAAGCCUGCAAAGGAAUGGGCACCGAUGAGGAGACCAUCAUCGCCAUCUUAGCUAACCGCUCCUCGGCUCAGCGCAUGGAGAUUAAACAAGCGUACUUUGAGAAAUAUGAUGAUGAGCUGGAGGAGGUGCUGAAGAGCGAGCUGACAGGAAGUUUUGAGAAGGCAAUCAUCGCCAUGUUGGAUCCGCCUCACAUCUACGCUGCGAAAGAACUGCGACGCGCCAUGAAGGGAGCCGGAACCGAUGAGGACGUGCUGGUGGAGAUCCUGUGUACCAGCACCAACCAGGAUAUUGUGAAUAUUAAGGACGCGUACGCUCAGGUACACGAGCACGACCUGGAAGCCGACAUCGAGGAUGACACGAGCGGAGACGUGAGAAACUUGUUGAUUUCACUCCUCCAGGCGAGCAGAGACGAAGGAUUUGAAGUGGAUGAGGAAUUGGCUGAGCAGGAUGCCACAUCACUAAUUGAGGCUGGAGAAGGACGCUUCGGCACGGACGAGUCCACUUUCACCUACAUCCUCACUCACAGGAACUACCUUCAGCUUCAGGCCACCUUUAAAUACUACGAAUCGAUGUCUGGGACAGAUAUCCUCGAUACCAUCAGCAGUGAAGCCACAGGGACAUUAAAGGACUGCUACAUAACUCUGGUCCGGUGUGCGAAGAACCCGCAGCUCUAUUUCGCCCGUCGCCUGAACGCAGCGAUGUCAGGCGUAGGGACGGACGAGGACACGCUCAUCCGCAUCAUAGUGGGACGCUCCGAGUUGGACCUGGAGACCAUUAAGGAAAUGUAUCUGGAGAAGUUCGACGUGACACUGAAGGACGCACUGAGCUCGGACUGCGGCGGAGAUUUUAAGCGCCUCCUGCUGGCUGUCCUGCACUGAAGAGAGUCCGACACCAAUCCCUACACCAGUAACGAAGCGUAUUACCAACACUGCCUCGAGGAAUAACACACAGGCUGUGUCCAAUACUGAUCUAACAUGCCCUCGUCUACUUCCCCUCCUCUGUGAAGGAAAAUGGUGACAAAUUUGACCCUUUUAUUUACAUUUUUACACAACGGUAGAAAUUUUAUCAUUUUUUUUUUUUUAAAAGUGACCGUUUUUAACCUACUAUUAAAAACACACAAACAGAAAUUUGGUUUAGAAAAAUUUCAGUGGCCUAGUAAUAUACACAAGCUCAAAUUUUUUGAUUUUUUUAAUUUAAUUUUAAUUUUAUUUUAUUCUUUCUUUUAGUUGUCUCACCUACUAGUAAACAACAGGAUUUUGGGAUUUUUAUUUACUAGUAAAAAAAUACACAAAAAAACACUUUCUUUUUUUUUAAAGUGGCCAAGCUUUUAACUUCUAGUAAAACAAUAAAACAUAUUCUCAAGCACACAUUUGUAUUUUGUGACCACGAUUUUCUAUUAUAAUAACAUCUGGUUAUUGUCGUAUUUUUAUACUUCAUCGCAUUUAAUAUUUUUAAAAAAACCCUCAAACUGAACAUUUUCCAACACACAAUUUUCAGCAUUUUCUACACGCUUUCAGUCCAAAAUCUUGCAGUGACUGAAAUAUCAUCGCCAUGAUAUUUCUACUUAGUUUAAGACAGAAUUACAGGUUGGUUUUGAAGGAGAUGUCGACGAGGGCGUGAAACAGUGUGUGAACACAAUAACGCACAACUAGCAGUUACACGUUCCCACUCACAUGCCAGAUAUCAUUCAGUCCACACUGCCUCUCCUCUUCUAGUCAUAUUUACAUAAACAACUUUAUUUAAAAAGCUUUAAAACAAUGACAGGGAAAGCAUUUAACGGGAUGCGACGUGUUUAUUCACUGAAACAGAACUCAAGCCUGUUAUUUGUUUACAGUUUUAGGAUGAAUUAACGAAUAUGAAAACACUGAAAAUGGAACCUUUCUGAUCUCUUUAACAGGAAAGUGUUUCGUACAUUUUAGUCCUUCUUACAGAAAUAUAUUGUAGAAAUGUGUGUGUUCCUACUGAAUAAUCCUGUAUUAACCCUGAUUAUAUAAGCGCAGGAGGUGAGGUUCGAAUGUUACGUGAUGAAAUGUACUCUCUCGCUGUUCGGGGCAAACUCAGUAAGUUCUGAUGGAAGUGAUGUAAAAGUUGCUUAUUUAAAUAUUAACCCAGUGCAAGAUAUUAAUAUUGGCAAGUGUACACUAAUAUUGUGUGAUGUAAUCUGUAUAAAAACUAAAUGCAGACAAGAUGAAGGUGAAGAAACUGUGGGAGCAAAUAAACACUCAUUCAAGUGUAUCAAUAAAUAACAACAAGUAAACAAA